UCCAAAACUUCAGAGAAAAGUGAAGUUGGCAGAAAACUGCACGGACAUGGGCCGGUUUCACCGAUUAGUUUAAUCAACGCAAAUGAUGUUUCUGAUUACGAAUUUUGAUUGCGAUAAAACAGAAAAGAUAAUUCAUAACUCUUCAUAAUUUUUUUACUUUUAAAUAAAUGUCCAAGAAUUGCCAUUGAGGUUAAGUUAUGACGAACUAAUCCUUGUACAGUAAACAUGUCACUGAAGCAUAAAAACGAAUACCGCAGAUCUAUCGAUGAUUACCAAACUGCGGCACCUGUGCAACGUAGGAUCGGUCUCUAUUGGAUCCUGGCCACAUUGAGAAUAGUCCUCACUUUUGCUCCACAGACAGGCUACAUUCAUCCCGACGAGUUCUUUCAGUCCAUCGAAGUUGUCUCUGGAGACCACUUCGAUAUUGAUGUCUACAAACCAUGGGAGUUUAACGCUACCUUUCCCAUACGUUCUAUGUUCGUGCCUCAAGUCGUUGUCGGUUUGCCUUACGCAAUUCUCAAGAGACUGUCUCCGUAUACAUUUUACUUCUUCGGAAUGUCAUUGAGGAAACCUUAUUUCUUCGUGCUCUUCCCCCGGCUCUUCAUGUGUGCGCUCUCUUUCCUGUCGGAUUACUUUCUAUAUAAGAUCUGUUACAUGUACGGCCAGAACUACAGAGUCAGGCUUGUUACGUACGCUAGCUCCUACGUCAUGCUCACCUACGCUACCCGUACGCUAUCCAAUUCUAUUGAAUUGGUGCUGACUGCCGCACUGCUGUAUUUCGUUUCCCGGUGCAUGGCGUAUUCGGAGAAGGUGGUGUUGCAGAAUGAUUAUCUCUCCAAGAAGUAUAGCGAAGCAGCGACUGCCGUAGAGCGAGUCAAGUACUACAAGCUCAGGGCAUUGCUGCCCUCGCAUUCUCUGAACGACUGCUUUGUGCUGGCCACGAUAACGGUAAUAGGGAUAUUUAACAGGCCGACUUUCGUCGCGUUUGCCUUCGUCCCCAUCUUCUUCUGGCUACAAAGAGGAAUGAACUCGAAAAGCGUCGGCUUCAGAGACUUUCACAUCAGAAUGUUCGUCUUUGUUCUCUGCGGAUUGCCGGCCGCGAUAUUUUUCAUUCUAGUCGACAGUUUCUACUUCGGAUACCUGACGAUGGCGGAGAUAGGCCAGUUGGAGAUCGGAAUCAACAAUUUUGUGGUGACGCCAGUUAAUUUCCUCAAGUACAAUGCGGACACGAAGAAUUUGGAGUCGCAUGGACUGCAUCCUCAUUUCCUGCAUUUCCUAGUCAACAUUCCACUGCUGUUUAACGUUUUGGGAGUUAUUGGAUUAUUGACGGUCGCGAAAAUGAUACAUAGUGGGCUGAAGGCACAAUGGCUGCAUCUACCGCGCCUGCAGAGCAUCGUAGGCCUGAUGACAUUUACGUUCAUCAUCCCAGUCGUCUUGUUGUCUGUCUUUCCUCAUCAAGAACCUCGUUUUAUAAUCCCGGUGCUCUUCCCGCUGGUGUUUCUUUACGCGCCUGAACUGAGUCAAGUCCCCAGUCUGGAUAUCGUCCGCAGAUAUGUCAAUGAUGACGGAAAUAGCGAGACCUACAGUCCCGUCGAACCGACGAAGCACAAGUCCAGGAAAUUGAUGCUCUGGUACAUCAGCAAUCUGUUGUUGGCCUUCUUCUACGCUUUCGCGCAUCAGGGCGGAGUUUUACCGCUCGUGUCCCACAUCACAACGGAGCUGAAGGCCAAACCGCAUCUCACUCACGUGCACCUGUAUACCUCGUACAGUUACUCGCUGCCCACAGCGUUGCUGCAGCUGCGCAAUACCCGCAGGAUCUAUCGCAGCAGCAGUAAUCACAAAUACAAACUGACGCAGGACUUUCACAUGUACGAGCAAGGCUCCAAGCCUUUGCCGUGGGUAUUCGAUAGCAUCGCCAGGAGGAUCAAGGAUUGCGAGGAGAAUUUUGUUGUCAACAGGAUCCCAUACAGACUGUAUUACGCGUUACCGGCCUCCGCGAUAAACGAGUUCACGGAGUUGUCGAGCAAUAAUUCACACUUGUUCAGGUUCCACCUAGUCAAUACUUUCUAUCCUCACAUCUCUAUAGAGAAAUUGCCAUCGUUGCGUUCAUUCGGUGUACUUGAACAUUUGUUAAGUUUUCGGGACGAUGGCAUUUUUAGCAGUAUCGUCGCGACUGCAAAAGAUGUUUAUGAAUACGUUGAGCAAUUUAGAUUAUUAUUGCUAAAAAUCGAAUACUUAGUGCCUGAAUCGAAGCAAAAUAGGCUUAAUAAAUAAAUAAAUUUCAAAAAUGGCUAAUAUAACAAAUAAACUUAAAAAAAUUGUAUUACA